CGCUGCCAUUGAGAACAACCCGCGGCGGUAUCAUUCCUGUUCACAAUCGUUCAACAUCUAUGACAAAUUGUCUACAAACUUUGCUCUCAGCGACAAUGCCCUCUUUCAUGGCGUCCUUGCCAAUGCGCUUCAAGUCGAACAUCCUUUUGUUCAUCAUACUCUUCCUUGGGCUCGUCUUUCAUCUCAUUACUAUUCUUGACCUGGUCUUCGUCCAGAGACGCCCCAAAGACGUCCUUGAUCACAGUAAAUGGAGCGACAAGGCCUUCAGUAGGUUAUGGAAUGCUAUAGGUGGCCAGAUCGCCGAGGACGAGACUGACGACAUAAAGAAGCUGACUUCGGAGGUCUCGGGUGUUGUACUUGAUCUUGGUCCUGGCACCGGCCUCAUGCUUCGUCAUCUCAAUGCAUCACAAUGUGCUCGGGUUAUUGGUAUAGAGCCGAAUCCUGACUUCCAUCAGGAAUUGCUCGCCAAUGCCAAACGGGCCGGCCUAAUGGAUAAGUACACCCUGAUCCCUACGGGCGUGGAGAACCUCGCAGCUUUGCAGGAAGCAGGACUAGGCGAGGGUAGCAUAGACUGCAUCAUCACCAUCAAAGUCCUGUGCACGGUUCCACAACAGCGGGCUGUCAUCGCACAUCUGUAUAGGCUUUUAAAGCCUGGUGGACUGUGGCUCUUAUACGAACAUGUCGAAAGCCAAGAUAGUUUCGCGAGGAAACUACAACGCGCACUUGACCAGACGUGGAGUAAACUGCUAGGAGGGUGCCACAUCACUAGGAACACUGUCAAAGAGCUCGGUCUGGCUGGAGCAUGGGAAUCCUUUGUGGUCGAAGACGCUCAGGGAAUGACCGGGUACGAAGCUCUAGCUUUUGUGAAAGGGAGAUUGAUCAAGGCACAGGCAACGUAAGCGGUGCAGAGGAUUGAGAGAUUCGAUGAAACAUGAUAAUAGUCUCCUGUCACAAUAUUGAAUACUAAUAAUCACUCGCCGUACUCC